AUGCCUCACAAACACACUCGCAAAGGAGGAGAGGAUAAAUCUACUAUCAACCUACCACCCACCACGAUCGCAAAACCUCUAUCUGUUUCUAAAUCAAGUAAUGCAAAUGGAAUUUUCACUACCGAAUUGAACCCCACGCGGAAGAACCAGAAGAGAAAGAGAAACACCAAUGCGGAAGAUGAUACACCUAAGGCAUUUGCAAGGCUUAUGGCUUUCAAGUCCGGACAGAAAUUACCUAAAGGAUUAGAUGAUGGUGUGAAGAAGCCAAAAGUCAAAAAGGCGAAGAUUAACGACGAUGACGAUGAUCCAAGAAAAAAGAAUGUGCCAACAAAAAAGGAGCCAGAGAUAGAAGUUCCCAAGAUCAGACCAGGAGAAAAGAUGUGGGAGUUUUCAGCGAGAGUUGAUGCCGCAUUACCGGUUGGAGGAUUGAUUCACAAAAGUGCCAAAGGUGGUAAAGAUCCCUUAGGGUUGAAGCAGGGACGUACGAAGACGGAGAAAAAGAUGCAUCGAAUGUACGAUGAAUGGAGGGAAGAUGAAAAGAGGAUUCAGGAUAAACGACAAGAGGAAGCCGAGCUAAGGGAAGAGGAUGAUAUGGAGGUAGAUGAAAAGGGACAAAUGCAGUGGAAAUCCGAUAUAGUUGCAGAUGGAAAGACUAGCAAGAAUAAGAAGAAGAAGAAGAAGGUGGUAGGGGAAAUUGAUGAUGGGAACGAAGAUCCUUGGGCAAUAAUUGCCAAGAACAGAGGUGAGGUGAAGGCUGGGUUACAUGAUGUGGUAAAAGCUCCGCCGACAUUCACAAAGCUUCCUAAAGCCAAAUUCAAGGAGCUUCGAGGAGCGAAGGGAGAAGUCUCCGAUGUACCCAAGGCAUCUGGAAGUUUGAGGAGGAGAGAAGAGUUGGGUGAAGUGAGGCAGACCAUUGUUGAGUCGUAUAGACAAAUAAUGAAGGAUCACAAGGAGAAAGCCAAGUCUCAGUAA